AUGGCCACCAACGCUCCCUCACUCGAAUCGAUCCUCCACACCCUUCAGCAGUAUCUCAGUCAUGGCGACUCGUCCCAAAGUCAGCCGCAGUUGCAAAAGGCAAAGUUGGCUCUUCUGCACCACAAUGCCUUGAUCCCCUCUCCGCAAACUCCCGUCUCUACACUCGCGACGGCCCGAUCGAUCCUGGAAGCCGGCGCCCUCCUCUCCAUCCGGUCCCGAGACCCCGAAGCCUUUGUCCGCUACCACUCCCAGCUCCAACCGUUCUACGACUUCCCUGGCCUACAACAGACCCCGUCUCCGACUCGAUCCAAGAUCACCGGACUUUACCUGCUCCUGCUACUGAGUCAGGGAGACUAUGCCGGGUUCCACACGCUGCUCGAAUCCCUCGUCGUGGCGGAAGGGGCCGACGGCGCGUCGAGCAUAGAGGAAGACCAAUACAUCAAAUACCCGAUCGAGCUGGAGAGGAAUCUGAUGGAAGGGAGCUACGAUCAGGUCUGGCGCAAGACAAACGGUCGAGAUGUGCCCGGGGAAGAAUUUGCUCUGUUUUCCGACAUUCUGAUAAACACCAUCCGCCUGGAGAUCGCAUCUUGUGCCACCCGCUCAUAUCCCUCGCUGCCUAUUGCUUCGGCCAAGAACCUGCUCUUCCUCGAUUCAGAAGGUGCGGUGACCAACUUUGCCAGAGAGCAGGGUUGGAGUUUAGAAGAGGGCAGGAUAUACUUUCCCGGCCUCGGGGACGCGAAGAAGGCGGAAGAAGGCGAUCAGAAAGAAGUGGUCAGCCACGUGAUUGAAUAUGCCAGGGAGUUGGAAAUGAUUGUGUGA